GACUCCUUGAUUAGAGUGUUGACAGAAAGAAUGUUCAAAAAUCUUCGGAAAUGGUUUGUCACUCGCUUUUUUGGGCAUUCCCGGCAGAGGGCAAGGCUGGUCUCCAAAGAUGGAAGGUGCAACAUAGAGUUUGGCAAUAUGGAGGCACAAUCAAGGUUUAUAUUCUUUGUGGACAUUUGGACAACUGUGCUGGACCUCAAAUGGAGGUACAAAAUGACCAUUUUUAUCACUGCCUUCUUGGGGAGCUGGUUCCUCUUUGGUCUUAUGUGGUAUGUAGUAGCCUACAUUCAUAAAGAUCUCCCAGAGUUUCAUCCUUCUGUCAACCACACCCCAUGUGUGGAGAACAUCAAUAGCUUGACUUCAGCUUUUCUGUUUUCUCUGGAAACUCAAGUUACCAUUGGAUAUGGAUUUAGGUGUGUGACAGAACAAUGUGCCACUGCCAUUUUUCUGCUUAUCUUCCAGUCUAUCCUUGGAGUCAUCAUCAAUUCUUUCAUGUGUGGUGCCAUCUUAGCCAAGAUCUCCAGACCCAAGAAACGUGCAAAGACCAUUACCUUCAGCAAGAACGCAGUGAUCAGCAAGCGAGGUGGGAAGCUCUGUCUCCUAAUCCGAGUGGCUAAUCUUAGGAAGAGCCUCCUUAUUAGCAGCCACAUAUAUGGAAAACUUUUGAAGACCACAGUCACUCCUGAGGGAGAGACCAUUAUUUUGGAUCAGAUCAAUAUCAACUUUGUGGUAGAUGCUGGUAAUGAAAAUUUAUUUUUCAUCUCCCCACUUACAAUUUACCAUAUCAUUGAUCACAACAGCCCUUUCUUCCACAUGGCUGCAGAAACCCUUCCCCAGCAGGAUUUUGAACUAGUGGUGUUUUUAGAUGGUACAGUUGAAUCGACCAGUGCUACCUGCCAAGUCCGAACAUCCUAUGUUCCAGAAGAGGUGCUUUGGGGCUACCGUUUUGUUCCCAUAGUUUCCAAGACCAAGGAAGGGAAAUACCGAGUAGAUUUCCAUAACUUUGGCAAGACAGUAGAAGUGGAGACCCCUCACUGUGCCAUGUGCCUCUAUAAUGAGAAGGAUGCUAGAUUCAGGGUGAAGAGAGGCUAUGACAAUCCUAACUUCAUCUUGUCAGAAGUCAAUGAAACAGAUGAUACCAAAAUGUAACUGUGCCUUUUCAACAAGAAUUAAGCAAAGUUUCCAAGAUGUCUAGUGACUUAGAAACAUUGUGAAGUAACCAACAAUUUGAAGACAUGAGAGUAGAACAGAAGCCUUCAAAGUCUACCAGUAUGAUGGCCCCCUUAUUCCCACUAUUACUUUACAGGUAACCUUUAAUACAGGUAACUGUAUUAAAACAUGUUAUGAAUUUGUAUGAGGCUGGAAUAUGGAAGCCACAGGAGCUCACUUGAAAUCUUGAAUGUGAUUAUUUGAGAUCAUGCAAUAUUGAUAAGAAAAGAUAAAAUUAUUAAAAGUCUGAUGUAUGGGCCAAACAAGACCUUUUAAAUCCUGUUGAAGAAGUUAUGAGUUUAGAUAGG